UAAAGUCCAAAUGCUGAGAGGGCUGGUGGAGCAGCGACUAACUGCGGCUGCUGAAGAGAUAUUUGGGCUGUUUGAAAGAACGAUAGCAGAGUACGAGGAGGAACUUUGUCGUUUAAAAGAGGAGAACGAGCAACAACGGAAACGACUGGACGCUGUUUUCAGCCCUCAGCUCCGGCUGCACAGAGCAGAGCUCCCACAGCAACAUGUCUGUAAGGAGGAGGAGGUUCUCUCUGACCAGCAGCUCUGUAUUCAGAGCUCCCACAGCAACAUGUCUGUAAGGAGGAGGAGGUUCUCUCUGACCAGCAGCUCAACAUGCCAGUUGUAACCUCUGUGGAAUCAGAAGCAAACCGUGACCACCAGCUCCUCUCUCACAACUCUCAUGAAGCUGAGAGCCAAGAUCAGAAAGGAGGCCAGCAUGGAGACUCAGGAUCAACUAGAAAUGCAGAACCAGAACCAAAGAAGAGACGACGCAAGAGUAGAAGUCACAGUAACAACGUAGACAACACUAACGUAUCAGAGACCGCUAAAGACGUCCAGGAGCUGUUGGUGGUUAAAGCAGAGGUUCCUCUUGAGCAGCAGGGGUGGAGCUCCAGUAUGGACCAGGAGGACCCAGACCCCCCACACACUAAAGAGGAACAGGAGCAACUCUGGACCAGUCAGGAAGGAGAGCAGCUUCAAGGGCUGGAGGAGGCUGAUAUCAAGUUCCCGUUCACUACUGUCCCUGAGAAGAGUAAAGAAGAUGAUGAGGAGAAAGCUCAGUCCUCACAGCUUCAUGAAAGCCAAACUGAGGAAAACAGAGAGGCAGAGAGAAAAGGACCUGAUGGAGAGGACUGUGGAGGACAAGAACCAGCCAGGAACUCAGAUCCAGAUAGUCCUUUACAACCAGCUAUUCAUGACAAGACUUCAGACUCCCCUGAAUCUCAGAGUGAGACUGAUGAUAGUGCAGACUGGGGAGAGACUAGGGAACCUCAGACAGGUUUAAACCCUCUGCCAAACAAUGUAGAACCUGUAAGUGAUGUUGGAUGUAACACUGGAAACACAUCAGUUAGCUCCUCUGAAUGUACAGGAAGCUUUGGCCGCAAAAAACAUCUGCAGAAACCCUCUGGAGUCCAAACAGGAGAGAAACCAUUUAGUUGCUCGGUUUUUGGUCAAAAAUACCUUCGGAAGACGACCUUAACGACUCACAUGAAACUUCAUUCAAAAGAAAAAUGUUCCACCUGCUUAGUUUGCAAAGCAAGUUUCUGUCAGCCAAGCAGUUUGGUUGUACACAUGAGAAUCCACACAGGUGAAAGACCAUUUAGUUGUUCAAUUUGUGGUAAAAGAUUCACACAAAAGCAACAUCUGAAACAACACUUGGCUUCCCACACAGGGGAGAAACCAUUUAGUUGCUCAGUUUGUAGUAAAGGUUUUGCACUAAAGCACAAUCUGAGACAACAUUUGACUGUCCACACGGGGGAAAAACCAUUUAGUUGUUCAGUUUGUAGUAAAACAUUUACAGACCCUAGCAGUCUGAGACGACACAUGGUUGUCCACACAGGGGAGAAAUCUUUUAGUUGUUCAGUUUGUGAUCAGAAAUUUGCUCUAAAGCAAACUCUGAGACGACAUUUGACUGUCCACACGAGUGCUGAAUCUGCUGCACGGCGAUAGACAGUUAAAGAAAUGGACCAACAGGUCCCGUUGUUCUGGACCAGUGAAGUCUGUUAGAAGCUCUUUCCCGGUGAUGCUGAGCGUUACUGAGCAGCCUCCAACUGAGCUGGAAGACGUAGAUGUGAGAAUCUGGCACGUUCUCUCAUUUCAGCAAAGAUUUCACUUCCAGUUCCUUUGUUUUAGGAUGUGAAUGCUUUUCUGUUUUGUUUACAAAGUUUUUCUCUGUAAAAUCUUUAUUUACUAAAAGAAAUGCUGUGCAACAACUGCUCAAACAUCUGUUCAAUUUCUGUUAAAUAAAGGACAACAAACAGCCAACUGCAGUUUGAGGUUGUACUUCAAUAUUUGCCACAGUUUUAGUAACUGUAGGAAUUGUAAAACUUGUUUUGUAUACAUUUACUUAAAUAAA